UAAGCGCAUUUGAUUGUUUUGUUUUGGCUAUCCAAAGCUAGGCAAGCAAUAAAAACGUGACAAAAGUGCUGUUUUCGCAAGUUUUUUAUUGCUUUAUUUGCUAGAACACAGUGCCCAUUCAACAGGUUGAAUGUUAUUUGUUUUGUAGUACUAAAGCACUACGCAUAUUCAUGGUUCACAAUUUUCUUCACAGCCAGUUUGCAGCUGAUCAUGUCAUCUCGGCCACAAGUUUAUUUAACUCGGAAGGAAUGUUUCAGUGCAUGCCACCGGUUACAUAGUCCCUUCCUGAGUGAGGAAGUGAACCGACAGGUGUACGGCAAGUGUAACAAUCCUAACGGGCAUGGACACAACUAUACCGUGGAGGUCACGGUACGUGGCCCAGUCGAUAGCAAGACGGGCAUGGUCAUGAACAUAACCGAUCUUAAGGAGUACAUGGAUCAAGCAAUCAUGAAAAAGUUGGACCAUCUAAACCUCGAUAAAGACGUGCCAUACUUUAAGAAUCUGGCCAGCACCACGGAGAAUGUGGCCAUCUUCAUUUGGGAUAGCUUGAAGCUAAUCAUGAGCAAACCAGAGCUCUUGUACGAGAUAAAGAUAUACGAAACGGACAAAAACUCGGUCAUUUAUCGGGGUGAAAAGCAUUCGGUUGGGCAUCAUCAUCACCAUGACACGGUAAAACAUUCCCGCGUUACAAACUCAUCGGAAAACUCGUCGAAUCUUUCGUCCGAUUCGGACGGUUAGAGACGUUUUUGAAGCUGUGACCAGUAUUGCAUACAAUCAAUGCCUAGAUCUGAAACGCCUACAUCCCAUGACCAGACGAUUCCUGUGCAAGUAUAUUUUUUUCGGGCCUUGACAAAAGAAUGAACUCGCCACCAGUACUUUUAGGAGCUAAUAAAAAUGUUUCCAUUUAGCACUGCUUUAUUAAAACUGUUGCAUGUACCAAUCGA